AUGAUUGGAAUCAAAUAUCAUAUCACUCUUUCAUCCAAUCUGCUCGUGAUUUGCUACCUAAAAGCUCAAAAAUGCGUUGUUACCUCGUUGUUAUCAGCAAAUAUAAUUAAUAUUGCGAUGGGUGUUUUUCGUGUGACAAUAUAUGGCAUUAUGGCUGGUGUCUUCUUGUAUGCGCUUGGUUAUGAUAUCCUUUAUAUGCCACGGGUUGGACAUACCUGGUGGAUUUACAAACUUGUUAUGCUAACAAUGAGCAAUUUGGAGUUUUACAAAUUCUUCUCAUUUUUGAACAAAGAGUGGGAAAAAUUUUUGAAAAAGUUAUGCAGCAAUACUAAAAGACUUUAG